CGCGCUGCUCAGAUGCGCCGCCGCCAGGCCGCGCGCGCGCGGCGGCAGGGCCGCGGCGGGGGCGCACAUGUCCGCGGCGAGGCGGUGCGCCGCGGAGGCGCCCUACUCGGCACGCUACGACGAGCUGCACGAGUGGGUUUACCACCAGUCGAGUAACCAGGCUCAGUAGGGGGAGCACAUCUACCAGAUACCACCGAUGCCGCUGCUUGACCUGGAGGGCUCUCGUCGCCAUUGCCGGGUGAUCCUCCUUCGGACUGGCUGGCCUUUGCCCCUGGGCUGGGGCCGGCGGAAGGCGGCGGUGGUUGGCGCCAGGCAAGUUGUCGACUCGAGCUUCCCGAAGGCCGCCGGCUGGCAGGUCGGAGCCACCCAGGAGCAGACCCGGAAGUUCUGGCAGGACCAGGGGAAGGCCGAGGUCGGCCGCGAGAACCGGAAGUUGGUCGACCGGCUGCAGAAGAUCUCUGGCGGCAUCGGUGAGUCCGAGGGCGUCAGGGUGCCGAGGGCCGAGCUCCGCGGCAGGAGCCCCCACGCGCUCCACCGCCCCGCCUCGGCGGCGGCGCUGCGAGCGGCCGGCGGCGACGGCGAAUCGCGGCAGCAGCCCCGCUCGCGGGCCGACCCGCCGAGGUGGAAAACGCAAAGAGCCAUCGAGCAGGACACCCUCGGCCUGGUGCGGCCCAUCCUGGGGUCUUCCUGUAGCCGCGCCGGCGAGACGGAGGACUUCGCGAGGCACCGAAGGGGCGAGCAGCUCCUGCGGCGCAUCGCGGAGGGGCGGCGCCCGCGCUGUCGCUGGUCCUCUGGGGGGCUGCCGCGGCCGUUGGCCCCCGCUGCCUCGCCGGGGGGCUCGAUGACGCGGGAGCUGCAUGGCCUGUUCUUCCUGGCGGAUCUGCAGCGCGCCGGGCAAGGCCAGCUCGCGGUGGAGCGAGCCGCCACUGCCGUCGGGCGGCUCGCGGGCGCCCAGCACGACGGCCUCUCAGGCACCCUGCUGCCCGCAGCCAGCCUGGCGCCAGAGCCGAUGGAGAUGGCGGCAGCGGAGCCGGGGGAGACGGCGGCAGCGGGGCUGGAAGGCACGCCUGGGCGUGCUCAGACCUGGGGGGGCCAGAACUGCGACGAGGAGACCGCGAGGCGGCGUUGGUCUGGGCUGCCCGAGAUCAGCAGGGCGAGCACCGAGGCAGGAGGUGUCCCCGAGGGCGUCGUGCAGGAGCCCGCGUGGCACGGCGACAGCGCUGCGCCGCCGAUGUCGGGAGCUCUGUCCUAUGGAUACCUGCUGCAGGAUUUGGCCCAUAUGCCGACCGACACAUUUCAGCGGUACUUCCGGGACGAUCUGCAACCGUGGCGGCGGGUCUCUCAUCGCCCUCGUCAACAUGAUGCCGUUGCGGAGCUUGCCGUCCUGUGCAGCGAGGACUGGAACGACGCCUCCGUGACCAGUGGGUCGCCAUCGGCCGCCAAGGCGCUCGGCGGUAGCCGCGGUCCGAAGCGACGGCCCAGGCACAGGCAUGGCGCCGCGCUGGGCGGCCAGGCCUGAAGGGAGGCUUGGCGCGCGGCGUCGUCGCCCGCACUCUCCUCCGCUGGCUCCUCCGCCUCCUACUCCGUUGUCGUUUGGCUCAGGCCACGCUGGCUCAAGGACAGUCGGCCAGAGUUGGUUCGAGUCAACUGGCUGCAUGCGCCGCUGUGCCCUGGGGCUGUGCCAUACGUGUGCCGUAAAAGAGCUGGCGUGGGCGCUGGUUCCCUUGGUUUUGUCAGUGAACGCCGCGGUGUGGGGCGUGCAUGCCCAUCCUCGUCUUCGUUGGCGGCGUGGCAUGAUGUUCGUUGUGUUCUUCCUCCGUGGCUAUUGCCAGGGUGCUACGUGCCCCAGGGUGUCCGACGUUGACGGUUGAGGCAACGGCGUGUGUUUUCACGCUUUUAAGUAUCUAUACCGGUUGCGGAACGUCUUUAGGGUUUGCACCUCCAUUUUUGUGUGGCGAUGUUAAACGUUCGUGC